AUGCAGAGGGCGGCUCAAGGCUCUUUCGACGCUGAUCCCCAUUUCCACAAUGACCCUCAUCAGUUCCCUCAUCCUCCAACAUCAUCUUUCGGCUCCAUCGUGACAGCAUCAAGUCCCGUCAAGAGAAUUACUUUCUACAAGAGCGGCGACGCCCAGUUCAAAGGCGUCAAGAUGGCCGUCCAUAAACGCACCUUCAAAUGCUUUGAUGCCUUACUGGAUGACCUUUCCCAAAAGGUUCCCCUGCCUUUUGGUGUACGUACCAUCACGACCCCCAGGGGAACCCACAGCAUUAAACAUUUAGAGCAGUUCGAGGAUGGAGGGUGUUAUCUGUGCUCCGACCGCCGAUAUGUAAAACCAAUCAACAUGGAAGAGGUAGGAAAAAGGCAAGCGGUCUGGCACAACCAUAGCCAUUCAAAUAACACCCGACGAAAGCCGUCCCGACCUGAUGAACCCCCAUCAGGACACCAUCACCACCAUCAUCGGCACCCCAAAAGGAUUAUUCUAGUGAAAAACAGUGACCCCGCCGUUCGCCGAUCUAUUAUUCUGAGCCGACGAACUGCUCGCAGUCUUCGAGUCUUCACAGAGGAGAUUUCAGAGCUCAUGCAGUGUCACGUCAAGAAACUGUACACCCUAGAGGGACGCAAGAUCGACAGUAUUCAGAGUCUGAUGCAGUGUCCUAGUGUGCUGGUCUGUGUGGGUCGAGAACCAUUCAGGCCAUUGCUCAUGGAAAGCUUGAAGAAACUCUCAGAUGAAAAGCUUCCAGGAGUGGGAACAAGGUCACACUCCAGCAUCUGCAGUGAAGGCCAUGAAAGCAAAAAGAAUGUCAACUUUGGUCUGGAGACCAAGAAAAGCAUCAUUCAUCCAAGAUCCGACUCCAGUAAUCGAUCAACAAGAUUCUCUCUUUCUUCAGAAAAGUCCUACCAGAAUGGAUUAUGCAUGACACCAGGACAGUCUGGUUGCGUCAGCACCUGUCCUUAUGUUAAAGAGGUCGUAAUGAACGAUGACAUCGAGAAGAGAGUGCUUGUUAACAAAGACGGCAGCCUUUCUGUGGAGAUGAAAGUUCGCUUUCGACUGUUCAAUGAUGAGACCCUCCAGUGGUCCACCGAGAUCAAGAAAUCAUCAAUGAAAGUGAACGAAUCUGGAUCUGUAAAAGACACUGAAUAUCUUCAAGCUAAAGCAGAGUAUUCAGACCCAGACUCUGUUUGUGCAUCUGAGGCUGAGGAAGCUUUCGCAACAAAGAAGCAUCUUGAGGAAACACUUUGUCAAAACUGUUGCAACCAUUGCCAAGAAUAUGACAUUUGGAAAAACCCAAUGCAUAAAGAGCAGGGCGCCUGCAAAUCCCCCAGCUCCAGUGGAUCAUCUCAGAAAAUUACACGCAAAAAGUCAUCUGUGGAUAGCACACGCACAAUUUCUCGCUCCAGCGGAGAGUACCUGGAGCAUGUGGUUGAAAAGGCCACAUGCUUUCAGGAGACAAUGGAGGAAGGUGACACUAGAGUGGAAUACUGUUCAACAAGUCAUUGCUGCAGCCGAAGUGAAGUAUCCUCAGCUGGCGUCACGUCAAAGAGCAAGAAAUCAUACGAGGACGGCUGUGGGAGUCAAGUCACGGGAGAGCGUCCGAUUUCUGCCGUCAGCAACUCAUCCAAAGUGCUCGAGUCUUUGAAGGAAGAUCAGGAUGAUGAUUAUGAUGACCUUCCUCCGAGUGUCUCCAGAGCUUCAAACUGGUCUCAGAGUGGCCUCCUGGAGAGUGAUUAUCAACCUAAAUGUGCUCAUUGUUGUGGUUUUAAAAGUUCACCGCAAUCUUAUUUGUCUCCUAUACCUCCAAGUAAAGAAACAAGCACUGCAAUUCAUUCACUGAAGGUAAAAAAGCAUAAAACUACUUUUGCAACUCCAGUAGAUGGAGAAUGCAUGAGCACGACAUCUCCAGUCUCAAAAGUGUCCUCUAUGUGCCAUGCAUGUCAUUGUAGAGCCAUAACCCCAUGUUCGGUGGCAUCUGGUCAGGAGCAGUUGUUUGAGAAAGGAGCUUGUAGUAACAUUUCCAGACAUAGCCAAGCAUCUUGUAAGUCUAGAGGCCAAGCAAACACCUCUGGAUCCAAUGCAUCAGAUGCUGUUGAGAAAUGCGACGAUGCUGGAAAACGAAGUGUCAGAUCUGGUGGAUGUUCAUGCUGUGGUGAGAGUAAAGGAUUGAGCGGGAAAGUAGAAGAAGGUGAACCAGAGAAAGCUGAUUCCAUAUUGUCAAAAAAAUCUGUUGCAUGCAGAUCAGAUGUGCUUGAAAUCUCUGACCCUGUUAAUAAUGCAUCAGAAGGGGAAGCCACACAGGAACGCUCUCGGUCUAAAAAUUCUAAUGCAUCUUCUACUUCAAAAAUCUCAAAGAAAUCCAACUGCUCUGCUCAUGAAAGGUGUUCUGGUGGGAGAUCAUUAAAAUCUGAACAUAAUGAAGGACAGAGUGUUGAAGAAAGAACCAAAAGUGCCAUGUCAGCAAAGUCGGACUGCAUUAUUUCACAGAGAGAACCCACGCCAGCCUUGGUCCUGACAGAAACAGAUAAUGCUGAAGAAGAAAGCCAAGAAAGAGCUGUCAGCCCAAUGUCUGUCCGUUCAAAUCUCUCACCUGCAUCGAGGACAUCCCACAAAUCAAUAUCUGCACAUUCAGAGAAAGCUAAAACGCCUAGAACUUGUAGUCCAAACGAUGUAGAGGAAGUGCCAUUGAAGUUGCUUAAUUCUCAGGGUGAUGAACCAGAAAGUGCUGCAAGUCCAAAUCAGACCUUGUCAGAUAAUCAUUAUGAGCAAGACACAGACCUUCCUCAUGACGUGAGAUCAGCUAGUGCCAUGUCUAAUAAAUCAAACCAGUCUUCACAGCAUCCAUCAAAAGACUCGAAGAGGUCUGUCAAAUCUUGUUGUGAAUUACAAGGCAAAAGUCCCGAUGUUCUGUGCAAGUUGGAAACUGAGGAAAGGCAAUGCCGUCCAUUGUCAAACUGCUCAAAAACAUCCGUGAAGUCAAAAGUAUCUUCAAAACAUUCCCAAACAGAGGCUAAAUCUCAGGAAAGAGUUCCCAGCGCAAUGUCUGCUAAAACAAACGCUUCUAAAAGAUCUUGUGGGUCCUGCAGAUCAAACCACAACAUUCCAGAAACCACAGUUACCUCAGUAUUAAAUAAUGCAACAACCGAUGAAUGUGCAACUUCAACAAACAAGUCAAAAAGACCCACCAGCCCAAGGUCGCAGACCUCAGAAAAGUCUUAUGCUUGUUCUGAAAGAUCCAUCAAAUCUGAGACACCGAAAACAACACUAAAUGCCUUAACUGUGACCUCACCAUUGCCUAGGAAAAAGAGGUCUCCAUCUCCUAGAUCAACCCACAAUAGUAAAAGCAAGAAGACUGAUAGCAGAGCAGCUAGUGGGAUGUCAGAAAACUCAAAUGUGUCCCAAAGAUCUGGUAAAUGUAAUUGUCUUAGCUCCUCAAAUGGUGAUUUGAAAGAGAAAUUAAAGGAAGAUGCCAAAGAUGAAUCUGAAGGGAUCUUGUCAGGAAAAUCAGAUAAAACUCUUUUAAAUAAUAUUAAGUCCUCAGAUAACCAGUUUGAUGAGCCUGUAAGCCCUACAUCGACAGCUUCAGUCUCUCUUGGGUUAGGAGAGGAUCAGAAAGGUGACGACUUUGAUGAACGAUCAACCAGUGGCAUGUCAGAGGAGGGUGGGAAUAAGUUGCAUGAAGUAAAUGGAGUCGAUGCAGAGGAAAGGCCUAAGACAGAAGCAUCUGUGAACUCAGACAAAUCAAAGAAGUCCCAUCAAAAGACUCCUGUUCAAGCCCUCUCACCUGUCUCAGCUGAAAGCGUCAUGUCAGCAGAAUUUAAGAAGAGCAAGUCGGGGAGCCAGUUAAAUGAAAACAAUAUUAGAGUGCCCUCUACUUUGUCACUGUCAUCUUCACGAAGUAAGUCACCCUCGAGAGUUUCACCGGGAAGUGCUAAAAAUACAGUUAUGAAAGAGAGAGACUGCAAAGCUGUCAACAACACAAACCAUGCAGAAAAGAGUGAAGCAUCUUCAAAACAUGAGCAAAGCGAAAGAGCUGCUGGAAAAGGCACACCAGCAAGUGAUUGUUUAAACUCUUCAAAAGCCUCUGAAUGUUCAGUGAAGUCCAAAAAUGGUCAAAGAGCUAGAGAAACUGAUAAAAGAUCCAAACAUUCUUCCCAUUGUUUGGAAAUGAACGGACUAGAUAUCAAUUCUAACAGAGACCUUGAUGAUGGCAAGGUUAAAUCUCUUAAAACAUCCACAUCAGACAAAAGAUCUGUGAAAAAUGAUGCAUCCAGGCCAAAUUCAGCAGGAAUGUCUGACAUUUCCCAAAGUCUACCACUGGAGAUGCCAAACAAGAAAAAAGCAUCAGUCAAGCAUCCUGAUUCCUCAAGCGAAAGUGUUUUAUCUCGGGCACUCUCAGCUGCAGAUCUGUUGAGAGAGAUUGUUGGCAAUGCGAGACCAGUCAGUAGAGGAUCAAAGUCAGUUGCCUCCAGCAAAAAUGUCGACAAGAUUGAAAAUAAAAGCCAAAAAAGCAGCAGGAGCAAACACAGCCACUCUUCAGAGCACAAUACUAAAGAAUUGAUGCCAUCAUGUUUACCAAACGCUUCCCCUACAGAAGUUGUGAACGACUGGCUUAGAAACAUUCCCAUUGAUGGCUAUGUUUAUGAAAUGGAUGUUGAACAUACUGAACGUGAAGUUGUUGAGAACGCCUCCCAAAGGGACAAAAGUGAGGCACCUGAGAGCAUAAUGGAGGUUGAGGAACCUGAUGAGAAUCACACAGGAGAUAAUCAUGUUCAGCAGCAGACCAAUGAUAGUUGUGUUGAGAUACAAGCAUGCGAUGAAAUGGAUCACAAUCCUAAAACAUUAGCCAACCAAGACAGUUUACAAAAGCAGUGUGAUUCUUCAGUUCAGGUCAUGAAGGUUUUACUCGGUCCAAAGCUAGACCGAUCCAGUAGUUUACCUGAAGUUUCCCCAGUGUAUGGCAGAAAAUUAAGCCAGUCUGCUCAAGGGCUUUUGGACUGCCUUGCAAACUUAAGAUUGAUUGAUUCAGACUCUAAAGAUGAAAAGCAUCGUAAAUACAAUGAAGUCAUGAUGAUCCUACAGUCGCUCUGGCUCCAAAAGCCCAUCGAGGAUGAACAUAUACAACAAAAUCCAAAGAAGAAUCAAUCAGCAGAGGAUGAAUUUAACCUGCGGUAUUCAUCUGGCGUUGAUGUAAAUAGUGGUUCCACCAGCUCAGUUAAAGGUGAAAAAAUAGAGGCCUCACAUGGCACAAUACCACCAAUUGAAGAGCAAGAAACUUCACUGCAUGAUAAAGAUGAUGAAGAAGAUGAGGUCAAGUUUACAGAAUGUUUAGAUCCAUCCAAAAUCAUUUCAGAUCCGGUAACUCCAGACAUCGCAGAACGAACACAGGGAAGUCCAGUAAAUACACAACAGGAUGAUGACCAAGAAAAUGACGAACCUCAAGAAGAGGUUUCAAGUUCUGAAAAUAAGAAUGAAUCCGAUCAAACGCCACAAACGACUUCUUACAAGAGCUCUGGGAAUGAGAGUUACACGAUGAAAUCUCCAGAAAACACAAGCUCAGGAACUCCACCUUCUGUUCAGAGAGCUGCGCUUACUAAAAGAGUUUCUCAAGACCCAGAUCCUGUUUGGGUCCUGAGCCUAUUGAAAAAGCUAGAAAAGCAGUUCAUGCUGCAUUACACCGACGCCAUGGCGGAAUUCAAAGUGAGGUGGGAUUUGGACGACAAUGAGAUGCUCAAUACAAUGAUAACCGAACUGAAAGAGGAAGUACACAAACGUAUUCAAUCAAGUAUUAACCGAGAGCUGCAAAAAAUCCAAAGCCGCACUGGCAGAGGACCGAGACCUCCAGGAAAUGCACUGUCGAGAGAGUCUACAGCUCAAACCGAGCAACGACGAAAGCGUCUUCGGGUCAUGCGCAAUAAGUCCAUCUUGACAAGGAGUGAUGAAGAUUACACUGCAUCAGGAACCGAAAACAGCGAUCAGCGCAGUGAUGAUGAAUACUGUCCAUGCGAUGCAUGCAUAAAAAAGAAAUUGGCAUCCAGAGCAGCCCAGCGAGCUCAGGCUUUGAGUUUUGCUCCAGUUAUAAUGGAAUUUGAUCUGCGGAAAAUUUUGCAAAUGAAAAAGGACCCAGUCGAACCUCCGCAAUCAAAGCCUGAAGAACAAUGCACAGCUUGUCAAGGUGAAAAUAACCUAGAAGUUGUUCAUGAAGAGGUAGAAGAGGUCAAUGAUGAUACUAGAGGACGUGAUGCUGAAAUGGCAGAUCAAGAAGAGACAGAUGGUGCUGUCAAUGCAAUCGAUGCAACUUUAGACUCUGACAAAAUAGAUCAGAACGACGAGGAAGCAAAUAAUAAGUCUGAUGAUGUGGAUGAUGGUCAAAACGAGGAAGAAGGUGAGUCCUCAAAAGAAGAAAUGGUGGUAAAUGAUAAGGGAGAUGAUGAAAAUGAGGAAGAAGUAGACUUAGUUGAAGAAGACACAGAAAAAGAAGCAUAUACAGAAGAUGCACCAAAUAUUGAAAAUAGUGAUUCGACUGCACCAGUGGAAAAAGAAGAUGAGAUGACAGAAAAUGCUGAGGAAAAUGAAGCAGAUGACAAACAGAGUACAGAAGAGCAAUCUACAGAAGAUGUAGAAGAGUCAAAUAAAGACGUUACACCUGAAACUACUGAAGGUGAAACACCAAAUGAGGAGUCCACCAUUGAGAAGAGUGCUGAUGGGACAUCAGACGCUGGACAGGAUGACGAAAACCCCAAGAUGCCAAAGGUGAAGAUUGAGAUGGAGGUCAGAGAAAGUGCAGAACAUGAAGAAGACAAAUUUAGCUCCGUUGAGGAACAGAAUGACACACUAGCAAAACAGGCGACGAAAACGUCAACAGAAUCUCAACCAGGAUCUAUGGAGAACUGCACAGCGCAAGCUAAACUGAAAGAUCUUCAGAGUUUCAUGGAAAGUCUUGAAAGUCAUGGAGACAGUGUGGUGAUUACUAAACAACCACCAUACAAAGAGCCACACGAAGCAGCAAACCAAAAGGACAUGUGCAACGGCUUGACUGAGUGGCAAGUGUCUCCUAAAAUGAACAUCAGGGCCAAUAAACAAAAGAAUCAGAAGAAUGGACAGUAAUGUUAUGGAAGAGUUUUAUUAUUUGCCGCAUAAAGCACUUUAUUUUGAUGAGGAGAAUCUGAUUUCAGAGACAUUUAAAGAGCGAAAGAGAAACUUUUAAGAGAUUUCAAAACUGUAUAUUGUACAAUUCUGUAGUCGAGUUAUUGUUUUAAAUGAAUUUAAAAGACUUUUAUGGCUUUAUGUACACAAAGGAAGAAAAAACACACAUUCCAAGUCUCAGAGUCACAAAAUGAUAUACGUUUUAAAGAUAAACACCAAAU